CCACACAUAUACCCAUGGAUGAGAAGAAUGCAAUAUAGUGCAGAUGGGAAUGACGCAGAUUCAAAAAGAUCCAGAACAUCGUAUACUCGUCAUCAAACUUUGGAACUUGAGAAAGAAUUCCAUUAUAAUAAAUACCUCACAAGACGGCGCCGUAUAGAAAUCGCGCAUGCGCUUAAUCUUACUGAACGUCAAAUUAAAAUUUGGUUCCAGAAUCGUAGAAUGAAGUGGAAAAAAGAUCAUAAACUUUCUCACAUAGCCAAAAAUAUGAAUCUAGCAAACGCUUUAGAGAAAGCAGCUGAA